CUGUCACAUUUAUAGGAGUCUGCAAUGUUGAACAUUGCAUCAAUCCUUCAAGGUGUAUUCUAUCCAAAGACCAAGGAAGUUGCAAGUGUGCCACUGGGUAUUAUUCAGACCGAUGUGACAAAGAUGCACAUAUAAAAGUCAUGUGUGGCAAAGACUAUAUAGCAAUCAGAGUGCUUGAAGACUUCUUCAAAUAUUAUGGUGUGCCUCUGGAAUCCUUACACUUGCCCAACAAUUCCUGUCGAGCCCAGAGGGAAGUCAUUGAUGGUAUUCCCUACUACAUGUCCAGGAUAUCCAAAGACAAGUAUUUAAGCUGCGGAGGCCAGCCGCUGAAGAAAAACUUGACUCACAUCUCAUAUUCUCUGAGCCUCCAAUCAGACCCUCAGGAAAUCAAUAAAACCAUCAUCAGACAGCCAAUCAUAAAGAUGGAAUACACGUGCAUCUAUCCUUAUGUCAGAACAGUCAGCCUGCCUUUCCCAGUCAUUCCAGUUUCAAGUGAGACAGUGAUGCGUGUAGAGGAACAUGAUGUCACAAUACAGAUGCAGCUUUACACAGACUACACCUACACGGAGUCCUACACUGCCACCCCCACCAUUGCACUCGGAGACAAGGUGUAUGUGGAGGUGACAGAACCUGCAGAUUUCUUCCUGGUUCGUUUGAAUGACUGUUGGGCCACACAGUCUUCCAAACCGACUGACACUGAUGGAUUGGUUCACUACCUGAUUAGGAACGGGUGCACGAGUGACCACUCUGUUACCUUUAACGUGACCUCGGGGACGUCUACAAACGGGGAAAGUUCCACCGUUCGCUACAACUUCAACAUGUUCCGUUUCACAGUGAAGCCUCAUGACGUUUAUCUACACUGCACCGUCCAGCUCUGUGAUCCAGACGACAAUGCAUCUUGUAAACCUAUCUGUAAUUCCAUCAGUAAGAGAGCAGCCAUAAUGGUGGACCAAACCCAAGGCCUCCUAUCAUAUGGACCCAUCAGGGUGGAGAUGCCACAGAAACCUCAGUCCAGUAAGGCCCUCAAGUGCAGCUUUUAA